AUGCCCUCCAAUGCCUGCAUCGAGUUCUGGCGCGGCGUCCCCAUGGGCCCGCCCGACCCAAUUCUUGGCGUCACCGAGGCUUUCCGCCGCGACACGAACAAGUACAAGAUUAACGUUGGUGUCGGUGCCUACCGUGACGAGAACGGUAAGCCGUACGUGCUCGACUCGGUGCGCAAGGCCGAGGACAUUCUCCACUCUCAGCGCUCCGACAAGGAGUACCUCCCCAUCACUGGCCUGAACGACUUCCUUGGCCUCGCCGCCAAGCUCGCCUACGGCCCCGACAGCAAGCCGCUCAAGGAGAACCGCAUUGCCGUCGUCCAGUCCAUCUCGGGCACCGGUGCCCUCCGUAUCGGCAUGGAGUUCUGCUCGGCAUUCUACCCCGGUGUGCGCGCCAUCUACCUCCCCAAGCCAACAUGGGGCGCCCACCCCGCCAUUGCGGAGAAGGCCGGUCUCAGCAUCCGCCGCUACCGCUACUUUGACGAGAAGACGAUGGGCCUCAACUUUGAGGGCCUCAAGGCCGACCUCGAGGACGCGUUCGACGGCUCCAUCAUCCUCCUUCACGCGUGUGCCCAGAACCCUACCGGUGUCGACCCGACCCCCGAACAAUGGAAGGAGAUUGAGGAGAUUAUCCGCCGCAAGCAGCACCUCCCCUUCUUUGACAUGGCUUACCAGGGCUUUGCAUCUGGAGAUGUCGACGUUGACGCCUUUGCUCUCCGCUACUUUGUCGAGAAGGGCCACCAGGUCGCCCUUUGCCAGUCCUUUGCCAAGAACCUCGGCCUCUACGGCGAGCGUGCCGGUACUUUUUCGAUGAUCACUUCGAGCCCUGAGGAGCGUGAGCGCGUCGUCUCGCAGCUCAAGCGUGUCAUUCGCCCCCUCUACUCGUCGCCCCCUCUCCACCCCGCUCAGCUCGUCGCCACCAUCCUUGGCGACCCAGCCCUGUACGCCCAGUGGCUGGGCGAGGUCAAGAAGAUGGCCGACCGUAUCAUCGACAUGCGUCACAAGCUGUACAACCGCCUCAUCGAGCUCCAGACUCCCGGAUCUUGGGAACACAUCAAGUCCCAGAUCGGCAUGUUCUCAUUCACCGGCCUCACCCCCGAACAGGUCGACAUCUUGGGCAAGUACGCUUCCAUCUGGAUGACGCGUGAUGGCCGUAUCUCCAUGGCCGGGUUGAAUGACCACAACCUCGAAUACUUUGCCGAGAACGUGUCCAAAGCCAUCAAGGGCGAGUUGAUCCCCAAUGCGUCCAUGUGA